ACGCUCUGCGCUCUCUCGGUUUUCAGCCCACCAGCCCAGCUGCCUCCUCCAAUCCAACUUCAUACAGCAGCUGAGCUGAGAGCUGAGCAGACAUGGACCCAUCCACGCUUUAACUUUCGCGGCUGUCCGCUCUGGCUUUUCCUGCCCUGCGCUGAGCUCCCAGUGUGAAAGCUCCACUGGCUGGCGGCCGCGGACGCAUGGGAAUCUAACUUUUUCACCCCCCCCCCCUCCACUCUUCCAGCUUUCCCUCAGUCCGUCACUUUCUAUUGAGGCUAUUGUUGUUUCCAGGCUUCAUGCUCCCCUCAUGCGUCGGGAAAGCCAUGGCCACUCCAAGCGCACAGCCACACCACCACCACCAACAGAACCAGGAUUACUUCAGAUCGGUGAGCAGCGAGUCCACCACCUACAUGAUGGUCCCCACGGGCUCUCCCAGCGGGACCGCGCGCCGAGAGGCGCCGUCCAAGAUGUGGCUGGCCAUGGUGGUGAUUGUGGUGGUGGUCUUGCAGAUUGCCUCCACCACUGGGCUCUUUGUCUACCUGAACAUGUCAAUAUCACAGGUGCGUAGCCAAGGAGUGACAGAGGAGCUAAAGUGCCUGAGUUUACUGAAUGCUCUGGACAAGGACCAGGACAUCCCAGAUCAGCUGGCCCAGCUCUUUGGGGAACCCUGCAUCAAACUGGCCGAAGGCAUCAAGGCCUAUAUCUCUAAGGUGACGGAGAACAUCAUCUCCAAACAAACCUUCAUUGAGGCGAGAACGAUGCCUCGCUCUUUCAACAACUCAAAGUUCAUGAGCUCCGUGGCCCAGAGGCCGUCCGCCCACCUGACUCUUCGAGACUCCCAAGGGAUCCCAUCCUAUCCGACUACCACUCAGGGUCUCCACCAGUCUUGUCGUCAUGUGGUCCGCUCCUGGGCUAACCAGAGCUUUGGAGCUCACCUCCACAACAUGACCCUGACCAAUGGGAAGCUGCGAGUGCCUCAGGACGGGCGGUACUACCUGUACUCACAGGUCUACUUUCGGUAUCCGUCUCCAGCGGCCAGUGAUGGGGACCAGCGCAGCGUCAGCCACCAGCUGGUGCAAUGCGUCUACAAGAAAACAUCUUACCCAAGCCCAAUUCAGCUCCUGAAGGGUGUGGGAACUAAGUGCUGGGCUCCAGACGCUGAGUACGCCCUGCACUCCGUCUACCAGGGAGGACUGUUUGAGCUGAGAGCCGGCGACGAGCUCUUCGUCUCAGUCUCUUCUCCUACAAUGGUGAACGCUGAUGAUUCGUCCAGUUACUUCGGGGCCUUCCGCUUGGACCUUUAAGAGAACGGGACGGGAGAUGACGGAAAACAAAAAGACUAGAGAAAAUACAGAGAAUGAGGCAGACACCUUUUUAGAUACAAUGAGCCUGGAUCUUGGGUGUGUGCCAGGACCGACAUACUGACUGAGGCAAAGGUUGGGGGUUUUACACAUUAGCCUGAAUGAUGAACCCUGCGAAAGGUUUGGGUGAAAGGGAAAGGAGAAGAAUGGAUUUGUCCUUCCUACGUUCCAUUAAGAGAGCAAGAUUUUCCAGAGACGUGCAAUCAUAAAUGUGAGGACUUAUUUACAGUCGAUUCUUGCCGUUUGGAUUUUACAAAAGAAGGUCCUUUGGACAUCCCCAGUGAACACAUCAAUCGCCGUCAUUUUUUUCUUUUAACAAACUUUGUUUUAAAAAGCAAUACCCUUGGAUUUCUGAACCAAAGAAUGUACACAUCCUUCUUCUGCAUCAAAGAUGUGAAGAAGGACCUUUGAACGGUAGCAGAAGAAGUGUAAUGAUCAAACCAAAGCAAACUGUCUUGAGUUUAACUUUUCUAAGCGUGCCAUGAGUGUACUGUACAUACAUAUGCCUGAGAAUGGGACUUAGACAAUGAUGACCUGUGGUGAUUUUUAAUCUGAUACAUUUGUGUUUUUACUUUGACUUGACCUAAAACCACUUGGACUAAAACCAUGAACUGCAUCAAAAAGUAUGAUAGAGGAUACGAUGACUGUGAUCAGACAAGAACUUUUUGAGGAAGCGUCUGUAAAGAAAAGAAGAAGUGAAGCUUCUUCACCUCUGGUGAAGCUGCAUUGUGUUUUGCUGUAAAGAAAGAAUCAACCUGAAACACUAAACAUAGAGGGAUUAUGAUACAUUACGAUAUGAUACAUGCAGAAAGACACUGGUUGCUAAAUUGCAAACAUUCACAGCUAGCAUGGUUGUAAACUUAUCUUGUUAACUUUCGGGGGUUUUAGGGACUAUGUCGCAACUAGCACCUUUGUACAUUGAAAUACAUUCAUGGAGAUGUUCAAACACAAGCUUUAUCUCAAUUUGAUAUUCCUUUACAACCAAGUACUCUCAUGAGGUAAUUUCUAAGGAGAAUUUGAGGUGAAAAUAAUAACAUGUUAACAUAGUGAGCUCCCCCCAGCUUGGCCUUGCAUCAACAAAUGUUGGAGCUAAAUGGAGAGUUUUUGUUUUUUUAAGAAAGAAAUAUUUUCGGUCCUUUAGCUGCCUUCUGAUAAGCCACCAAUAGAGGGCAAUAAAAAACAAAGUGUGGGGCAAAGGUUAAUUUUGCGGGGGGAAAAUCAAUUGGUUUGGAGGCUUGGGGAAAAAAAUGUGAAUAUAUGAUUUUAUUUUAAGACAACUAUGACUAGGUUUUUCUUCUCUUUUAUCGUUUUGCUAAACCCUAGCAUUGCAUAGUCUUAAAUGAAAAAUGGCAAGAGAAAUUGACAGUUUUUUUUUAAAAAUUGCUUAAUUGGUAUAGUUUGGAAAGCUAACUAGUCAGCAUCUGAGGUAUAAGUCACUUAAUCUACUACAAUGGAAUGGACUCAUGAUUCUACACCACACUCAGUUGUUCAACCAUGCUGUGUUAGGCUAACCCUGACCAUGCAUUGAGUAAAAUCCAACUGUUUCACUCCUUAUCAUCAUCGUUCUCAGUAUAUUGUUUUUGUUUCAUCAUUAUCAAAAAAAUCACGCUUAUUAAGCCAGUAACGGGGAAUGGAUUUUUGACUUUAUACCCCACAGUUUAGCCACCAAUGUAGCUGGUUCAAGCUAGCCCCUGUCUAUAUGUUGAGGAGAGUCCAACUGAUUGACACUGUAUUCUAAUUUUCUUAUUAUUUGUUUUUGGUUUGUUUAUGCUGUCAUGAUAAACUGAAAAGCUGCUUUCAGUGCUUUGUAUGAAAGUAGUAGUACCUUCAAGUGUUUGGUCACAAUGCUUGCAUUUGUGGAACUUAUGAAAAAUGUUUGUAAGGUGGACUAACCAAGAAACCCUCACAUUUUCAAGUAAAGGCUUAAACACAAACAUUACAAAACCAGAACCAUACAAAUUGUGGUAAAAAAUUCUCUCCACUGCUGUAGUUUGUAGUAAGCAGUGGCGUAUAGCUACCAGGCCUCCAUCAGAAAGCUAACAUGUGCAACUUUGGAGUCUGUCCCUGAUAAGAUUGUAUUUGUUUGAAGUGUCUCCAUCUGAGAUGUGACCUACUUACUUGAGGAUUUAUGGUGUACAACAUGUGAAAAAGUGACAAACAGCAUUUCCUAAGAUCCAGUAUGGUCUGACAUAAUUUUGGCAAGAAAUUGUAAAUAGGUUUGUAGAACUAGACAGAUGAUUGUGAUGCAAUCCUUCGACAUGGACAUGGGGGUGUUACAUAUAUUUUUUAUUGAAGUUAUUAUUAUUAUUAUUAGUUCCUUUACCUGUAGUAGAAAGAUGUCAUUUUGCCUUAAACAAGAUAGCUACAAGUUUAGCUCAUUCUGGCCAGUAGAUGGCACACUCAGCCGGUCGCCAGGUCCAUUAGCAUGCCAGGUUAGCAUUAGCAACCAUUUAAAUUACCUGUGCAGAAGAAAGCGGCAACCUCCAUGUGGCUUCUAAACCCCUUUGCUUCUUUGUUUUGCUUCUUUUUUUUCUUUUUUUUUUUGGUCUGCUUGAAUCUGAGAAAUGUAAAUGCUGAGAAGAAAAGCCAUUUCUCAGGGCUAUCAUGGCGUUACUAUGAUCUGGUACCAACUGAGCUUUGUCUCACGUGACUUCAAAACUAAAUGGGACAACCUACUAUGCAGAAUCCUUUUUAUGUGAACAUUGGCAUCGUAACCAAAGGUAAAUGUUUAGACAUUUUGGACCCGUCAAAAUUUAUGAAACAAUUAUUUAUUUACUAAAUAUUUAUUUUUCAGUAAAUUUAAUACUUUUAUUCUGCCCCGCACUAGAUGUUCUGUGGACGUAUUAUUUUUGAAAUGUUUAUCGUUUUGGUGAAAAAUUUGUAAGCUAUAACCUUUAAAUUCUCAGAUAAGUAAUAUGCUAACUACUAAUCAGAGACCAGUUCUUGCAUAUUUUAGCCUUACUACGCUGACGUUACGUUGCUAGCUGUCUUAGUCUGCCUCAUUAGCUGAUCCGGAAGAUUAGCUAACAAAUCAAGCAACAUACCAUUAUACCAACUUUGAAGCAGGGGGCGGAGCCAUGCUCUACUCUUUUACUAAAUUUUCAUAGCAGAGGGACCAGGAAGUAGCCAGCUGUGCAAAACAUUUUUUCUUAACCAUAAAAUGCUGAACUCGGGGAAAUUUCCAGGAAUUGGAGACAUCUGGUCCUCCCAUUAUUAAAUCAGUUUGGGUAUUUGCUAAAACUCUGUUUAGCUAGCUGUUCGCUGUCCACUUGGAAAUCUUUCUACUACAGACAGAGAAACCAUUGCUGAUAAUAACUUCGCUUAAAACAAAUCCAAACUAUCUCUGUAACAAGCUUAGACACUAAACUGUUGGGUCCAGCAUCUCUAACAUUAAAUUUCACCUGGCUAACAAGAGAACGUUGUUUUUCUAAACCCUGGACUCUUAAGUUGUUUUGCUUUGUUUUUUUUUUUUUAUAUUUUUGUCCAUUUUCCCGUUUUAUUUUAAAUGAAUGUUCCUUCAACCAGGAAGUUGUAGUUCCUAGCUUAUUUUUCUUGUAAUAAGAAAUUUAAUUGUCGGAAAUUAAACAGGCAGUUCCAUCUAGCUUAAGCAAAAUAUCAAGAAAUCUAUUGUCCAAAAAGUGCCUAUAUGGUUUAUGUUUGUAAUUGAAAUUCACAUCUAAUCUACUUUGGGAGUCAUUUGCCGUUUUAUAAGCUGUGCAAUGUCUACUUCAUCGUUAGUCAGAAAAGGAUUUGGGGGUUGGGGAAGAAGCAAGGUAUUUGCUGACACAAAUCGUGCACAACCCAGUACAAACUGGACCCCCACACAUUUUCUUUUUGCUUAUAUGCGGACAUGUAAAAGUUACACACACAUCAGCUCACACUACAUACCAGCCAGCAUGUGCUUUGCAGACACACACAUCAUCUGGUGUCACACUGAAAAAGCACACUCAGACUCAUACACACUUGGAUAUUGACGGUGCAGCCUCCCUCUCCCAUCUGGUUAGUGUCAGUGUGCACUUACUGUAGGGGUUUGUUUAAACAGCUUAUGUCACAAUCACAAUUAAGAAAUGAAGCCGAACAAAUUAAACACACCUUUCUUUGUCUGCACACUAAAGCCACAAUGUUUUCCCAAGAGAAGAGGACAUUUCUGCACACAAGCUAACAUUCUGACUCAGAAAAAGAAAUAUAUGCCAUCAGCUGAAGUAAUAUUUCUUAUGGUUUGACUUUAAAAACACUUUAAAGUAAUUGCAGUUUAACCCUUUUUUGGCUGGCUGUGCUGUCUCCCACUGAUCUCCUGUCUUGCUCGCCACGUUUGACCCUCAAAUCCCCACCCCCACUACCACCACUCCCCAAGGAAGAAAAAAUUUUGCAUUAUCAUCCCAAUAUACCCACCCGCAUUGUAACACUACAUCCAUCAACAUCCUCUCUGCAUUGGAUGUCUAAGGGCUUUGUUUCUACUGAGCAGUUUUAUAUGUAGCUGUGAACAUUAGUGGCACAGUGUUGCUGAGAAAAUAAACAAAUAUCUGAAUAUAA